UAUGUGACCUCACAGCAAGAGCAAGAAACUUGAUAGCAGACUGUUGAAAUGAGAUAUUAGAUUUAGAUAGAGCUAGAGAGGAAAAACUAUACGAAAAAAUAUGAGUAGUUUGGGAGGCCUAGUGAUCAUUCUUUCAAGCUUUCUCUGUGUGUUUCUUCUUCUCUUAGCUUUCCUCAACAUCUUUUACAAACUAUGGUGGGCUCCAACUCGCAUACAGAAGCUGAUGGCUUUGCAGGGAAUCAAAGGCCCUUCCUACAGACCUAUCCAUGGAAACACCAAAGAAAUCUUGAACAUGAAAAGGGAAAUUAUUGGCAGGCCCAUGAGUUUAUCUCAUGACAUACUAUCUGCAGUUCGACCUCAUGUUCAUUCGUGGACCAAGAUAUAUGGGAUGAAUUUUCUUCAGUGGUAUGGCUCUCAAGCUCAGUUGGUCAUUAUGGAACCUGAGUUGUGCAAAGAGAUACUGGAUAACAAAGAUGGAGCUUUUGCAAAAAGGAAGCCCCAAAGCUAUGUCAAGAAACUUUUAGGAGAUGGUUUCCUACUGCAAAUAGAUUUAGGAAAAUGUCAUGAUUUAGGGGAAGAUCAAAAUGACAUUUUACCUGAUUUCCUACUGCAAAUAGAUUUAGGAAUUUAUUAUUUACUUUAUACCAAUGACAGCCAGAGAAUUUCGGUUGAUGAUUUGGUUGAUGAGUGCAAGACAUUUUACUUUGCCGGACAAGAAACCACUAAUAGUAUGCUUGCAUGGACUGUGUUUCUCCUGGCACUAAAUACAGAUUGGCAGGCGGAAGCAAGAAAGGAGGUCCUGCAAUUAUUUGGUAGGCAAAAUCCAAAUCCUGACGGCCUUUCCAAGUUAAAAACUAUGAGUAUGAUCAUCAAUGAGUCUUUAAGGUUAUAUCCUCCUGUUGUUUCCGUGGAGAGGAAGGUUAGAAGGGAAGUUAGACUGGGGAAGCUCAUUGUUCCUGCUAAUGUUGAAUUGAUAAUCCCAAUUCUAGCAAUCCAUCAUGAGCCUGAAUUUUGGGGAGAAGAUGUGCAACUUUUCAAACCAGAGCGAUUCGAGGAAGGGGUUGCUAAAGCUACUAACAAUAACAUAGCUGCAUUCUUACCCUUUGGAAUGGGACCCCGGACACGUGUGGGCUUCAACUUUGCGAUCACAGAAGCAAAGAUUGUUCUGUCAAUGAUUCUCCAACGCUACACCUUCACUCUUUCCCCUGCUUAUGUUCACUCCCCGUAUGAGUAUCUCACAGUUCGUUCACAACAUGGAGUUCAGGUUGCGCUGCACUCUCUUUGAACUGUCAAAAGUACCACCAGAAUUGCCCAUAAUCUUGAUCUUGUUUAUAGUAUAUAGUAUACCGGGCAAGAUAGCUUAAAUAAUAUACAGGGCAACCUCUGAGGCCCUGUUAUGAGGUGGCACUAGCUCCCCCUUUAUCUUUUUCUUUGUUUUUCGCUGCUUUGCUGCUUGUAAUUACGCUUCUUGUAGAACCAUCAUUCAAACAAGCAUCGAUAUUCAGGUA